AUGGAUCAUUGGAAUGAAGAACUGGAAACAGACAGAUUUGCGGCGAUUAGACAACAAGUUGAAAGCAUAAGGGAGGUGAUGAGCAGUAAUAUGCAAAGGGUACUGGAAAGAGGUGAACAACUGGAGAAUAUUGAGGGUAGGACGGAAGCGCUCACCCAGUCGUCUCAAACCUUCCAAUGGACAGCACGACGCGUUCAGCGUCGAAUUUGUGUGAAGAAUGCAAAAUGGACUAUUAUCAUUGUUGUUUGUUUAAUGGUUGUUGCCGCUGCUACCAUACUUGUUAUACUGAGGAACUCUGGCGUUUUCGAUCAUUCUUGA